CUCUCUCUCUCUCUCUCUCUCUGCGCUUUAUUCUGUUGAAGUCCGCUUAUUUUUUACUUUGCCGUUUCACUGAGAACGAGGCUCACAUUCUGUCUCUCUCCCCUCUUUCUGAAUCUUAGAAGAAGAAGAAGAAGAAGCAGGACCAAGUAGAAAGCUUUUAAUCACACUCUCUCUCUCUCUCUCUUGAAAUCACUUUUGUUUUUCUCUCUCCAAAAUCUUCCUCAUUGUCUUUGCCUGCUUCAAGAAACUGUUGUCUCUUCAACACUUUCUCUUCCUCUGCUUAUUCCAAAACCAACAACAACAAAAAGAAGUCUUUUUCUUUUUUUCUCUCUGGGGAGAAAGACAGUCUCUCAGAUUAAACCCAUUAAUCCAAAUCCAACUCUGUCUUUUGCUCAUUGGCUUCUGUCUGAUUCAAAGGAGGAAGAGGAACGAAGAAGCCAAAUUCAUCUUGUCAACAGUGUGAUUCAACUAAAAGCCCCAAACUUGUUCUACAUUUUUCAAUGGAGUGAGUCCCUAACAGAUCAAGAACAAACAGAUACACUAGCAAGCAAUGAGAGACGACAAAUCCAAGAAAAGCAAGUUGUCAUGGUCCAAGAAGAUGGUGAGGAAAUGGUUCAACAUCAAAAGCAAAACAGAAGAGUUUCAAGCUGAUGUUUCUCUUCCUCAAGUUGAGCAUAGAAGUAGCAUCUCAGAGAAGGAGCCUUGCACAAUCAAGAAGACCAAAACUGAGAAACUCAGUAAAAACUGGGAGCAGCAAGCUAGACAAAGGAGAAUGAACUAUGAGAAUCCAAGAAUCAUUGAUGUCCAAAACUACAGCAUCUUUGUAGCUACAUGGAACGUUGCUGGACGUUCUCCUCCUGAAGAUCUAAACCUUGACGAGUGGCUUCACUCCUCAGCUCCUGCAGAUAUAUACGUACUAGGAUUCCAAGAGAUUGUUCCUCUUAAUGCUGGUAACGUUCUUGGAGCUGAAGACAACGGUCCUGCCAAAAAAUGGCACUCCCUCAUCAGGAAAACGCUCAACAACCUCCCUGGAACAAGCGGCGGCGUCUCUCACACUCCAUCGCCUAUCCCUGUCCCCAUUGCAGAGAUCGAUGCUGAUUUCUCUGGAUCUUCGAGGCAGAAGAACGCAACCUUCUUCAACAGACGGUCUUUCCAGACCCCAAGCAUAUGGAGAGCGGAUGAGAACGACUCUUCAGUCUCACAACCACCGCUUGAGCGUCGUCUAAGCGUCUGCGAUCGUGUGUUCUUCACUCAUAGACCGAGUGACUUUGAUCCUAGCUUCAGGUGCAAUCACAGGCCUAGUGAUUACUCUAGAGCAAGUGACUAUUACUCUAGACCGAGUGAUUAUUACUCUAGAGCAAGUGACUACUCUAGGCAGAGUGAUGUCUCUCGGUGUGGUUACUCAGAUGAGGAUAACGGUCCAGGGGAUUCACCAAGCACAGGCUUGUACUCACCUGCAUCAAACGAGAAUGGGUCUAGAAUCUCUUGGAACUCUUCACAGUAUUGUUUGGUGGCUAGCAAACAGAUGGUUGGUAUCUUUUUAACAGUUUGGGUGAAAAGUGAGUUGAGAGAACACGUCAAGAACAUGAAAGUAUCUUGUGUUGGCAGAGGAUUAAUGGGUUAUCUUGGGAACAAGGGAUCAAUCUCUAUCAGCAUGUUGCUUCACCAAACAAGCUUUUGCUUUGUCUGCACUCACUUGACCUCAGGACAAAAAGAAGGAGAUGAGCUGAGGAGGAACUCUGAUGUUAUGGAGAUACUCAAGAAAACGAGGUUUCCUCGUGUCCUGAGCUCUGCAGGAGAGAAGUCCCCAGAGAAUAUACUUCAGCAUGAUCGAGUAAUAUGGCUUGGGGAUCUGAAUUACCGGAUAGCACUCUCUUACCGAUCUGCAAAAGCACUUGUGGAGAUGAAAAACUGGAGAGCGUUACUAGAGAACGACCAGUUAAGGAUAGAGCAGAAACGAGGACAUGUGUUUAAAGGAUGGGACGAAGGGAAGAUUUACUUCCCACCAACUUAUAAAUAUUCAACUAACUCAGAUAGAUAUGCUGGAGAUGAUUUACAUCCCAAGGAGAAACGUCGUACUCCUGCUUGGUGUGAUAGAAUACUGUGGUAUGGAGAAGGACUGCAUCAGUUAUGUUAUGUAAGAGGGGAGUCAAGAUUCUCGGAUCAUAGACCAGUUUAUGGCAUAUUCAGCGCAGAGGUUGAGUCAAAUCACAAGAGACUAAAACGAACGACGAGUUACUCUACUUCAAGGGUCCAAGCAGAAGAACUCUUGCCUUACCCAAGAGGAUACACCGAGCUAACUUUUUUCUAAAACAAAAGGUUCAGUGUGACCAUAUCUAUCCAUAGAAUUAACCAGAAAAUUAGGCGAUAGCAGAUAGAAUGUUAGUGUCAGUGACAUGAACCUAUCAAGGCCAGUAUAGUCUAUUGGUAGUAAACUAGUAGUAGUAGUUUUUGUGGUCCUGAAACUCAUAAUAGAGACUUAAGUUUAUUAAGACACUGGUCCGCAUUUAUUAUACAUCAGCCAAGAAAGUAGCCCACACGUUUCUCCUAUUAUGUCAUUUAAGGCACUGGAUUUGAUAUGAUAUGAUAUGAUUAUCUCUCCAUCGUCAGCGAAAACAACUGAUUAGGAAACUGUAAGAUUCGUUUGUAUUAUUCUUGAGAAAGGGAAGAUUCUGUAAAUCUUGUAAGAGUUAAUUAUUGUGUAUAUGAAUCUUCAUCAUAUCUUGAUCACUUAUGGUAUAUGAUUUUAUUCCGCU